CAACAUCUUUUUCCCAACUGAAAAAUAUGCUCUUUAUUUUGUUCGAGUACUCCUCCUCCCAGUUCCCACAUAGAAUAAAUUCAUGCCUGGAAAAUCUCACCCCUUUUUAUAUCCUUCACAACCAAACGACACCCAUCAUAGCGUUACACUUCCCGGAGGCGUCAAAGGGAGGGAAUACAAUGCACAGGCCUCAAAGACACAGCUUUGCCAUACAAGUAAGAGGCUGUGAAGCUCUUCAAGAUCAUCAUCAACCCCCUCAGGCUCAGGCUGAUCAGCUCACAGUCUCUCCCAAGUUCAUCAGCUUUUCAGCAAUGAAGCUCUUCGAUCGCUUCCGUAAGAUUCUCAUGCGGCUGUUGUUUUCACUCCCUUCUCGUGGCUCUUCAUCCACAUCCGGCGCGGCUUCGCGGCAGAAAAACUCUGACAGAUUUGAGCCGCCGAAGACUUCAUGCAGCUCAUAUUACUCGUCCCACUCGCAUUACAACGAGGCCAUCGCUGAUUGCAUUGAGUUCUUCAACAAGUCGUCGCAGGACGGGGUUUUGGAUGGUGACGGUCGUAAAUCCGAUGUUAUGGUUUGAUAUCAUCAUAUAUAUAUGCAUGCUCUAAUGAAAUCAUGUUUCAGGUUUCUUUUUAUUUCUUCUUCUUCCUUAUAAUCUCAAUCGCUUCAUUUGGUUCUAAGCGCAUAUAUAUUCAUACGGCCAAUGGAAAUUAUGAGUUCAUGAGUGUUGCCCUGUUUUGAUAAUUGCCUGUACGGUUUCUCAUAUGGGCUUCAUCUACUUACGAUCCGGAUUUGAUAAUUGGUCUAAUGGAGCGGGUCCGAGGUUUGAUCCACAGUGAUGCUGCUGUUGAUGACAAUUUUUUUAUUUUUU